ACUUGGGGUUUGGGGUAACCUUUGACUUUUUAUAGCUGAUACAGGAUUUUUAUAUGUUUUUUAUAAUUUAAAAUCGCAGGACCAGAUUUUCUACAAAUGCGGGCAAUAAUAAAUACUGUUUCAAGUUUGUGGUUUGUGUAGUUCGUUUAUUUAAUAAAUUUGUGACUGGGUUUCCACGCAUUUUCCUAAUAUGAAUCUACCUGAAUCUGAUAGUGAAGAUGAACUACCCCCCGGCUGGGAGGAAAGGGUUACAGUGGAUGGUAGUGUGUUUUACGCGAAUCAUUUAACCAAAAAUACUCAAUGGACUCACCCCAGGACAGGAAAGAAAAAGAAGGUAUCAGGUGAUCUUCCUUUUGGGUGGCAAAGAUGUGUUGACAAAAACACAGGAAAAGUAAUUUACGUGGAUCACGAAAAUCGCAGAACUACUUAUACAGAUCCCAGAUUGGCUUUUGCUGUUGAGGAAAAGGAACAUGUAAAUGAUUACAGGCAAAGAUUUGAUGCUUCCAGUACGGCACUACAAGUUUUACAUGGAAGGGACUUAAAUGGCAAAACAGCUCUUGUGACAGGGGCCAAUGCAGGCAUUGGUUUUGAAACUGCACGGUCCUUAGCCAAACAUGGUUGCAGUGUCAUAAUGGCUUGUAGGAACUUAGCAGCUGCUGAAGAAGCUAUCAGUCAAAUCAGGGAAGAUAAACCUGCAGCCGGUGAGAACUGUAUAGCCAUAUAUCUGGACUUAACUUCAUUAUCAUCAGUGGUACAAUUUGCCAACACUGUUAAAAGCAAAUAUGAUAAAAUAGAUAUGUUAAUCUUAAACGCAGGCGUUUUUGGUCUUCCUUUCAGUAAAACUCUCGAUGGGUUUGAAACCAUAUUUCAAGUAAACCAUUUGUCACAUUUUUAUCUCACAAUCCUGCUCAGACCUCUGCUGGUCAAUGGUUCUAGAGUUGUGGUAGUCUCAUCUGAAUCACACAGGUUCGCCAACCUUACCAUCGAGAACAUCACCCCUCUGACCCUCUCGCCAGACUCCGCCGCCAAAUACUGGGACAUGAUGGCCUACAACAACUCCAAACUGUGCAACGUCCUCUUCAGUCGCCAAUUAUCUAAGAACCUCCAAACGUCUGGCAUAUCUGUGUUCAGUCUUCAUCCGGGCAACAUGGUGUCUUCCAAACUGGCCAGGAAUUGGUGGUUGUAUAGGGUUCUCUUUGCCAUCGUAAGGCCGUUUACGAAGAGCCUUCAGCAAGCGGCCAGUACAAGCAUUUAUUGCGCCACUGCCAUUGAAUUAGCUGGAGUUACUGGUGUGUACUUCAACAAUUGUUACCAGUGCCAAGAAAGUCCCAUGGCUAAAGACGACCAACUAGCAAAGGCGCUGUGGGAUAUCAGCGUCGAGAUGAUACAGAGUGUUUUAGGAAAUAACGCUCCCGGAUUGGAGAACGAAUCCAAGCGGGCAUUGGAAGAGGAUCAUUAGAGGGUCAACGUUACUUUCAGCCAGAAAUAUGUCAAGCGCAGUAGUAGAAAAUCCAAAAUAGAUCUGACGCUAAGUACUGACCCUAGAAAAUUGGAACAUUACAAAUAUUAAAAUUGAUCGACGAAUUUGGGGAAAUGGUCAUAAAAAGCUUUUUCAAAUAAAAAUGUAUGACUCU